AUGGCGGCGCGAGCUGCAGAGGCCGACCUGGAGCUGGCGAUCCAGGAUCGGCGGCGCGCGGAAGGGGGUGGCGCGAGGGGGGAGCAUGUGCGCAUCAUCCAACAGGUUCCUCCUGGUCUCACUGCGGAUGGUAGCGUGGAGUACUUCGCUUGCGCGCCCGUGACAGAGCUGCAGCGCGGCCGCGUGAGCACGUGGGCGACUAUGGACUACAGGGCGUCGGCGCUGGGGGGCUGUGCUGCGUCUGCGAUGGAGGGCUUCGCGGGGCCCCUCAACGAGACCGCGGCUGCCGACAUCGCCGACGCCUGCCUCGCCAUCUCUGGCGCCGAUGCCACCUUCAGUUACAGAGCCCGCUGCGAUCUGGUGGCGGGAUGCCGCAGUAGCGGCCGCGAGUGUGGGCAGCCCUCCUUCUUCCAGGAGGUGCACGGCAGUAUGCUGGCUUCCUUCCGCGCCAUGCGCGCCUGCCUCAGCGGCAUCUUCGCCAUCCUCGUCGUCCUCGUCGUCCUGCGCGUCUGCUUCAGCGGCAUCCUCCUCAUCUUCGUCGCCUUCUGCAUUAUUCUUGAGCUGCGGCGUCGGGCACUUGAGCACUGCGCCAUCGCAGGCGGGGAGAGGAACAGCAACUUGUACGACAAGGCGUACGUCAACAACGCGGACUGGUCGGAUUCCAUCGCGCUGGGCGUGGGCGCCACCGGCGCGAUCAUUUCCGUGAAGGACAAAAUCCACGACAGGAAGGGCACCCCUCCAGACCAUCAGUGCCUGCUUUUCGACGGCGGGCAGCUGGCAGACGGGCGCGAGCUUUCUGAUUGCAACAUCAAGCGAGAUUGCGCGUUGCGCAUGACUUCGCGCCUGCGCGGCGGCGCGCCGAAGAAGGCAAGGAAGCCAGGGGCUCUACGGGAUGCAGGUGUACCGGCGGAUGAGCCGUGGGAUGACCGCCCGCAGCAGUUGUCGCAGGAUCCCAUCGAGCCCCCCAGCCAGGCGCUGCUGGCGCCCCCGCAGCAGGCGCUGCAAGCGCAGCAGGCGCCCCAGCAGGUCGGCGCAAAACGGAAGGCCGCGGCGCCGCCUGCAGCGGCAGGCGCGCAGGCAGAGGACGGGGCGGCAGAGGCGGAGGCGAACAAGUGCAGGAAUGCGCUGAACGCGGCCAGGCUUUCCGACGCAGAACGGGCGCUGGAAAUGUGCAUGAGGUUCGUCGUUUGA